UAAGGGAAGAAAGAGAAAAAUGCCAAGUUGCAAAGGGAAAGGAAGGUUGCAAAUUGCAAUCCAAACAAUUUGGACCCAACCGGAAAAGGCGUUCUUCUUCACCACUAUUCGGAAUUGCUUUCUGAAUCAAUCUCACUCUCUUCUUCACCAAAACCCUAAUUCUCCAUUUUCGUCUCUGAAUUCACGCUUCUGUGGCUUUGAUCGGAUCUGGAAUGCGUUUUCAAAUUGGAAAAUCGGUUCUGCUUGAUUGAUUCAAUUGUGCAGGCGAUCUGAUCGAUCGAUUGGUCAUUCCUUCGAUUAGCAUUGCUCGAUCGUGUCUUCAUUAACCUUUGCGAUUCAGUGUGUGAAUCUGCACUUGGAUUUCCUCUUUCAAUGGCAUGAGGUGUUGUUUCAAUGCUUGCAGGGAUAGCGAGGAUUCAUGGUGCUACGGUAGGUUAUGGUUGGAGAGUUAGGGUUGGCGUAGUUUACUGUUUAGCGUGGUUUUGAAUCCUUGUGUGAAAACAGUGCCAGUUUCACGAUUUUGGACAUGAGAAGCUCCUGGUUCAAUAAAUUGUACAUAAUUAUUGGCCCUAAACCGCCACUUAGCUGGUUAAUAUUGAGCCUGCUUAGUCUUGUCGCUUUAAUUACGGUGUUAGGUUCUUCGUCUUCGAAUACCAUUGAUUCAGCACCUCCUAAUCCAGCAUCUCUCAUAUACACAACCUACAGAAGGAUAAAAGAGCAAGCAGCUGUUGAUUAUUUGGAUUUAAGGUCUGUAUCAAAUGGUGGCACGAGGCAAAAGGAACUUGACCUUUGCGGCAAGGAAAUGGAAAACUUUGUGCCUUGCCACAAUGUCACUGCGAAUUUGUUGUCGGGGUUUAAAGAAGGUGAGGAGUUUGAUCGGCAUUGCGAACAGUUGAGGGAAGUGGAGAGGUGUUUGAUUCGUCCUCCCAAGGAAUACAAGAUUCCCUUGCGGUGGCCGAGUGGCAGGGAUAUUAUAUGGAGCGGGAAUGUGAAGAUAACUAAAGAUCAAUUUCUUUCUUCUGGAAGUAUGACCAAAAGGUUGAUGCUACUUGAAGAGAAUCAAAUUGCCUUUCACUCAGAGGAUGGAUUGAUCUUUGAUGGCGUGAAAGAUUAUUCUCGCCAACUUGCAGAGAUGAUAGGGUUAGGAAGCGACUCUGAGCUUCCUCAAGCUGGUGUUCGAACUAUACUGGAUAUUGAUUGUGGAUUUGGUAGCUUUGGAGCUCAUUUGUUGUCACUGAAAAUAAUGGCGGUUUGUAUGGCGGCAUAUGAGGCAACUGGUAGCCAAGUUCAAUUGUCUCUUGAGAGAGGCCUUCCUGCUAUCAUUGGAAACUUUAUUGCAAGGCAGCUUCCCUAUCCAUCAUUAUCAUAUGAUAUGGUUCAUUGUGCUCAGUGUGGCAUCAUUUGGGAUGAAAAAGAUGGAAUGUUCCUCAUAGAAGUUGACCGUGUUCUUAAACCUGGAGGAUAUUUUGUUUUAACCUCACCCACAAGCCGCUCACAGGGUUCAUCACGGGAGAAAAAGAGAAGCAUAUUGAACCCAAUGGAAGAACUGACCCAGCAACUUUGUUGGACUCUUCUAGCUCAGCAAGAUGAGACUUUUAUCUGGCAGAAGACUGCUGAUGUUGAUUGUUAUGCAUCUCGUAAGCAGCGUGCCAUACAGCUAUGUAAAGAAGGGGAUGAUGCUCAAUCAUAUUAUCAACCUCUUGUACCAUGUAUAAGUGGGACCUCUAGCAAGCGCUGGAUUGCAAUACAAAACAGAUCUUCUGGAUCUGAAUUAAGCUUAUAUGAGCUUAAAAUUCAUGGAAAGUAUUCAGAAGAAUUUUAUGAAGACUUACAAUUUUGGAGAUCAGCUGUCAAGAAUUAUUGGUCAUUGCUUACACCGCUAAUUUUCUCUGACCAUCCAAAGAGACCUGGAGAUGAAGAUCCACUGCCUCCAUAUAACAUGAUACGGAAUGUUAUGGACAUAAAUACUAAUUAUGGGGGUUUGAAUGCUGCCCUGCUGGAUGAGAAAAAAUCAGUAUGGGUAAUGAAUGUUGUUCCUGCCAGGACUUCUAAUGCACUUCCUCUUAUACUGGAUAGAGGUUUUGCUGGUGUUAUGCAUGAUUGGUGCGAACCUUUCCCCACCUACCCCCGGACAUAUGAUAUGCUUCACGCAAAUGGACUUCUCUCGCAUCCCUCUUCAGAGAGGUGCAGCAUGAAAGACUUAUUCUUGGAGAUGGAUAGGAUACUGCGUCCAGAGGGAUGGGUCAUCCUUUCUGAUACAAUGGGAGCUAUAGAGAUGGCUCGCACGCUUGCAACACAAGUACGUUGGGAAGCAAGGGUAAUUGACCUUCAGAAUGGCAGUGACCAGCAGCUACUUGUUUGCCAGAAACCAUUUCUGAAAAAAUAAUUUAUUGAGUACUAGUAUUUCUCACCAAGGCAGAUGAACACAAUUUUUUUGCUCUGGUAAUUCCUCUAAAUCUUUUUCUAAAGUGGGUAUCAUUUUCUUGUUUCCGUUAAACUAGGUAGCAUUUAAUUUGGUAUAAAAUUAAACUUUAUGGAUGCAAUAGAUAAUGGUGUUUAUGUUGAUUGCCAUGAAUCAGUUCCACCAAGUUUGUGAAUUUAAUUCACCUAUAGCAUACAACUGAAAUAAUUUUUCAUUGUCUCUAGUAUUUCAGAGAAUGGAUUAUUUAGUAGGCACAUCUUGUAUAUAUACAGAUCAGAGCCUUGACGUUUUCCAUAUUUUCAACAACUGGGUCAGGAGAUUGAGGAAGUUGUAGAUUGUGAAGAUUUAUAUUCAAUUUAGCUA